ACUGAGCCACCAAAAGAACAAGAAGAAAAGAAGCCAGAUGUACUUUCAAUAACGAACCAAGAGCUUAUUGCAAAGUUCGUGAAUUUCAUUGAAAAACAAACCGAGUCAAAGAACCCUGACCCGCCAGUGAAAGAAGUUGAGACAAAAGAGAAUGUACAGUUCAUUGAAAAUGUCAAGAAACAACUUCCACCACGAAUGCCAAGAAGAAGAGUGAGAAUAAUGAAGUAA